AUGGCCUCCUUCUUCUCCUUCAGUGCGCCCUUGGAAGUCGAGGUCCGCCUCCAAGGCGAGGACGAUCGCCAGCAGGUCCAAGUCAAACAGGACAAGGACAAGCGCGACAAGUGUCCGGUCUACUUUGACGGCGAGUCCAUCCGGGGGCAGGCGAUCGUGCGGUCCAGGGACGGCAAGCCGAUCAAGCACGAUGGCAUCAAGGUCGAGUUUGUUGGAUCCAUUGGUACGUGCUGCUACCCCCCACGCGCCGAGUUGGGACGCCUCGAGCGGAUGCGCCGCCCCACACGCAACACAACCCCUUCCUUGCCCGCGCGGCCAGGCGAUCCCUACCUCCACAUCACAUCACGAAGAACGGUCUUGGUACAUCUGAUGCUUGGUGUGAAUCGCGGUCUGGCUAGGGUAUAUGUGAAGGCUUCUCUGAGCGGGCAAGGCGUCGCACCACCCUUUCUGGCUUGGCACUGACACCGUCUCAAACGUGUUCCCCUCCAAUCAGAGAUGUUUUAUGAUCGCGGCAACCAUUACGAGUUCUUGUCCCUCGUACAAGAACUCGCGAGCCCGGGCGACCUCCGAACGGCGCAGGCCUACGAUUUCGAGUUCAAGAAUGUCGAGAAGCAGUACGAGUCCUAUCACGGCAUCAACGUCAAGCUGAGGUGAGAGCUCGUGCAAAAGGGAGAGUCAGAUGAACCUGUCCAUGGCAGCUGAGAUUUUCUCCCCGUGUUGUACGUCCAGAUACUUCAUCCGUGUGACGGUCUCGAGGCGCAUGGCCGACGUGGUCAAGGAGAAGGACAUUUGGGUCCACUCGUUCCGCAUGCCCCCGGAUUCGAACAACUCGAUCAAGAUGGAGGUCGGUAUCGAGGACUGCCUCCACAUUGAGUUCGAGUACAACAAAUCAAAGUCGGUCCCACUCCCCGCCUCGCAUCUUGUUGUUUGAAAAACGCGCGGCGCUGACGCAUAUCUGCCCUCUCCGCACCAGAUACCACUUGAAGGAUGUGAUCGUUGGCAAAAUCUACUUUCUGCUCGUUAGGAUCAAGAUCAAACAUAUGGAAUUGUCCAUCAUUCGAAGGGAAACGACUGGAUCGGGUGAGCCACCACCGGUGCUCGGUAUCUAAGGAUUUCAAAACUGAUCUUGUUCUCGCAGCACCAAAUCAAUACAACGAAUCCGAGACAAUCACCAAAUUCGAGAUCAUGGAUGGCGCACCCGUUCGAGGUACGUCCUUGUCCUCCCCUCGGAUAUCCAGCUCAGGACUGAUCGGCUCUCCUUCUCCCUUUCGCACAGGAGAAACAAUACCGAUCCGGUUAUUCCUCGGCGGCUUUGAACUGACGCCGACGUUCCGCGACGUCAACAAAAAGUUCUCGACGCGGUACUACUUGAACUUGGUCUUGAUCGACGAGGAGAACAGGAGGUAUUUCAAGUGAGUAAUCUCGGUAGGCGGUCUUGUGUCUCGAUGUUGAGUCGAUGUUGAAUGCCUUUGGCUUCUGCCGCUUCAAUGUACAUGUAGACAACAGGAAAUUACCGUUUAUCGUCAAGACCAACGAGGGCAGAUCGGGCAACCCCAGCAGCCGGCUGAGCUGGGACAGAGUCUGGAGACAGGCUCAAGGCCCGAGCUCAAGCCUGAUCAGGAGUAG